CUGACAAAGGUAACUUGACAGUAUACAAAUUUGAAUUUCAAAGAUUGCAUUACUCUUAACGGUUUCUUAGGAAUGUAUGAGUGAAAACUGAUAAAAGUUGUUAUGGUUUUUAAGAGAGAUUUAGCGAAGGCAUUUUCGCCGAAUAAAGUUAAAAAAUUUACGAAAUCACGAUUUCCUCCUAAUGAAACGAAACCGAGUACAAGUGGAAGCACAGCUUCAACCGUGCAAACAGAAAUUGGUUCGCAGACGAGUAUUAAAGUAAUAGUAAGGAUUCGACCACAAAAUCAACGCGAGCUUUUGGGUUGCUCUAGAACUGCCAUAAAGGUUGUCGAUGACAAAAUGCUAAUCUUCGAUCCAAAGGAAGAGGAAAAUCCUUUCUUUUACCGUGGAAUUGCUCAAAAAGGUCGAGAUUUACUUAAAAAACAAAAUAAAGAGUUACAAUUCAUUUUUGACAAAGUCUUUAAUAUAUCAUCCAGUAAUAGUGAUCUGUUUGAAGGAAGUACUAAAGAUUUGAUCACUAGCCUCUUGGAUGGUUAUAAUUGUUCUGUAUUUGCAUACGGGGCAACCGGUGCUGGAAAAACUCAUACAAUGCUCGGUAGUACAGAAGAUCCUGGUAUAACGUACAGAACAGUAGCAGAAUUAUUUUUACAAAUAGAAAAACAAGGGGAACAACGUGAAUUUAAUUUAGGUGUAACUUAUCUAGAAAUUUAUAAUGAGAAUGUACAAGAUCUUUUACAUAAGUGUGGACCUUUGCAUUUAAGAGACGAUGGUAGAUGUGGAGUAAUUGUUGCUGGUCUUAAAAUAAUUACAAUUCACAGUGCAGAGGAAUUAUUAACACUUUUAGCAAAAGGUAAUAAAAAUCGUACGCAACAUCCUACAGAUGCAAACGAGGAAAGCAGCAGAAGUCAUGCUGUCUUUCAGGUGUAUAUUAAUAUCACCAAUAGAUUGGAUGGUCAAGUGAAACAAGUCAAGUUAUCUAUGAUCGAUUUAGCAGGAUCUGAAAGAGCAUCUGCCACAGGAUCUAAAGGAGACAGAUUCAAAGAAGGUGCAAAUAUUAAUAAGUCCUUAUUGGCUCUUGGAAACUGCAUUAAUAAUUUGGCAGAUGGCGCAAAACAUAUAACUUAUAGGGAUUCAAAAUUAACUCGAUUAUUGAAAGAUUCAUUGGGUGGAAAUUGUCAAACUGUUAUGAUAGCUAAUAUUGCACCCACUAGUUUAAGUUACGAAGAUACCUACAAUACCUUAAGAUAUGCAAACAGAGCAAAGAAAAUUAAGACUUGCAUAAAGAAGAACAUUAUGUCUUGCGAAAUGCAUGUAACAGCAUAUAUAAAAAUGGUGGAAGAACAAAAGAAAGAAAUAGACUAUCUGAAGCAGAAGUUGUUGACUGUAGAAAGUAGGUUGACGCAUGCAUCACCAGAACUUAAUAAAUGUACAAAGACGAACGAAGAGGAGGACAAGUGUACAUUAACAAUUAAAAACACAAUGAUUGAACUACUUCAAAAGAAGAAGGUUCUAAAUGAAAAAAUCCUCUCUUUGGAAAGUGCUUACAAAAUAUUCUGUUUUAGAAUUCAAUAUAAAAAAGCAGCAGAUGAAAGAUUACACGAUUUAACUGCAGCUGUUGAUGUCUUAACUACCGAAGAGCAAAAUGCUAGUGGCAAGUCCCGUGUUAAUAAAUCCAUGCAUUACUUUGAAAGACAGAGAAAUUCCUUGAAAGUACAAAUGAAGACAGCAUGGGAAGAAUUGUGUUCGGUAGAGACAGAGUUACAGAAACUGAGUGCAGAAAUAAAGUUAAAGAAGUUAGAGAAGCUAGAAGAUUUAAUUGCAUUGAGAAUGUGUGAAAUUGAGCAAUCAAGAUUACAGCAGCAGUAUGAGCAUGCAAAAAAAGUAAGUAAUCUACAACAAUGCGAAAUGCAGUCCCACUAUUCAAUGAUUAAACUGAUGAGUGCAACAUUACAAAAUUAUUAUAACAUAAUGAGAGGCUAUGGAACAAUGACAGACACAAUGAAAGAAGAAUUUAAACAAUUGAUUAAGCUGCUGGAAGGUGCGAGAAAUAUCAAAUGGUCAGAUAUAGAAACGAUAAAUAAUGAAGAACAGUUUUACAAUCUAACUUGUCUAGGCAUAGCACAUUUGAUAGAUCCACUCAGUAGCAACAUACCAGUAUAUACAUUAUGUUCUUUGAGUGACCAGAACCAAGAUAAAUGCACCAAUGAUGCUUUAAAUACAACAUUUAAUGCACCUUGUCCACAGACAGACAGUGUCUCUGACACACAAAAUACAACCAUUACAUUGCUAGAAGAUUCAAAAAUGACUAUCAGUAACAAAACAAAGGAACUGACGGAAAACACUGAAGGGCUCAACAAUGUUAAUUGUAUACAGGGAAAGUCGAGAAAACGAUGUCUUUCAGAUAAGAAUUCUAUAAAUCUGACAAAAACACCCAUAAAACAAUUCAAAAGAAUAUCGCCAAAGAACAAAGAUCCACUGAUUAAGACAGGUAUCAAUGAUAAAGAAAAUAAUCACAUACAAAAGUCACAUACAGGAAUGAGUGCAAAAAGUAUUGCAAUACUAAAUAAAUUAAAAGCGGAUAAAUGUAAAAAAAAUAGCCAUGUUAUGAAUGUAACAGAUCGAUCAUUGAAAGUAGUAAGAGUGAAAGAGAGGCGUGGAUUAAUGACUACACAUCCAUACCAGAAGAUAAAUGGAAUCAAGAAAUUUGUUUCAACCCCAUCUUCGUCUCGAGCACCAUGGUAGUGUAAUAACAAAUGAAAUGUAUGUAAAUAUACAUAUAUCAUUAUUUAUAUCAGUGCGUGUAAAGUGC